AUGUCAUCCUAUACUCGCGAUCCGAGCAAUGUCGCUCGCGUGAGGGCUCGACGCUCACUUGCGCAGAUGCCCCAUAGAGGCAGCGGCAUCGAUCUUGAUAAAGAGAAUAUGACUACGGAUCUCAGUUCUGUCCAGAAGCAGAGCAAUAUACCUUCUAGGACUCUUGGGAAAGAUAAGCGGUCUCGCAGUAAGAGUCUUGGGCCCGGUGGGUUGGAUCUCCUGAAAAAUAAUGGCAGUGACAGAAGAAAGUCUACUGCUGCUGUCCAGUUGAAGUCGAUACUAAAACCAACAAUCCCCGUCUCUCCGAUAAGCCAUAUUCCAAGCUUUGCCGAAACGCGCAGGAAAACACCAAAUCGCGAUGGAUUUGGAAACGGUCAUAAAUCAUCUGGGAAUGGUGAUCUUCUCAUUGACUUUUCGACGCCCGCUGCGCCGGUUGUCGGCACUGACAGCUUGAUAAACCCGUUCGAUAAUUUCAAUCCGGUACCACCAUCUAGGGCUAAAGACUUAGCCGCACAGAGAGAAAGGGAAGAAAAAGAACGAAUUGAGCGGGAGCGCGAGAAGAAGAAAGCAAUAUUAGAACAGCGAGCUGCACGAAGGAAAUCUAUGGCGAAUCGCCGAGUUUCAUUUGCGCCUGAAGCAACACUACACACUUGGAAUGUUGUCGAGCUAAUGGAGGAUUCGACUGCUUCCACGGGUGCGAACACAACUCGCCGGAAUUCUUCGUUAAUGGCUAGCAAUACCAACCAGGGAUCAGAUGAUUCGGAACCAGCAUCCUCUCCAGGAAAAUAUGGUCUUGAAGAUGUCAAUCCGCCUCAAUCAGCAGCUCACUUGGAAGAAUUAGCCGAUGAAGCGUUUUCUUCUAGCCCGUUUAGCGGCGGCUCGGCUGCCGAGAAUGAUAUCGGUUUCCCCGAAGGAAAUAUAGAAAUGGGAAGUGACUCACUGAGCUCAGGACCUGAAGAUGAAAGCACAAGUAUGAGUAUGGAUAACGCUACAGAACAGCCCCUCUCUUCUGACCCCAGUGACUCAUCCCCUAGCUCUAGUAGCUUGGAUAGGUCAUUGAAGAAAGCUGCCGAGGCGGCUGGAACCAGAGGAAUCGAGUUUGAUGAAAAUGGGGAUCUAUCCAUGGAGUUCACCAGCCACGAAAUUGUUGGUGCUUUUCAACCUUGGGUUAAAAAGGGAUCUAGCGCGAAAUUUGAUGCUGAAGACCUAACCUCUCGCUUCGACCAGGAGAACAUUGGUUCCGCAAGAUUGACUGUUUCAAACUCUACCAGAGCAGGCCAAAUGAAUGAAGAUGAUGGAGAUAUGAGCAUGGACAUUACAAAACCAGUUGGUGGCAUACUUCGAAGGAAAAGUAGUAUGGCGAAUGACAGCAGUGAGAAAUCUCGUCCCUAUCUACAAUACCAAAAGUACGACUAUCAACAGGCCUCCCGUCGAACAUCAGCCGUAACAAACCUCGGAGACCAGACAAUGGAGUUCACAAACGUCAUCGGCGGUAUUAAGAGCGCCUCUCCUAAAAAGCCUGACACAGAGAGCAACAUUGAUACGGAUGAAGAAAUGACUAUGGAGUUUACCAAUGUCUUGGGCGGAGUCCUCAACAAACAAAAGCUAGACAACACGAAUAACUACGUGUCCCAGGAAGACCCAAAAUACAGCUAUGAAGACGAAGGUGAUGUAACAUAUCCUGAUCUAGGAGAGGUCGACAUGGAGAUGACAGGUGCGGUUGGUGGUAUAUUGCCUCCAAUUGAGGAGCGAACUGAACCAUCCGACGAUGGAACCAUGGGAAUGGACAUGACAAACGCCGUAGGCAAAAUUCUUGCACCCUUUCAGGUCAACAACCCAAAAGGCAAAAGUAGGAUUUUUGAUGAGUAUGAGGAGAGUCCUCCAAGCUCCCCGUUUCAAGAAAAUAUACCAGUAUCUCCUGUCAGAGCCCCGUUGCCGCCACACGCAGAUCUGGUUACAUCAGAAGGCGGAAGUCCAUUACGUACUAUACCUAGGCUGAACAGUACAUCACACCGACCAUCUAGCUCCCCCAGAAGGUCGGUAUCUCAGCAAUCAUCUCCAAGCAGAAGCCUUUCUACUCCCUCGAAACAAAGAUCACCCAGAGCGGCCGGGCCAGUAACGCCUGCUACCCCUGAAGGGAGCCCUAUUAAACCCAAGUCAAGAAGCGCCUCUCCCCAAAAGCGACACACUUUGCAAACAAAUCAACCCCCUGUUAAACCUAUACCCGCUUCUUUGUUCCAGAAAAAUUCACUAACAGGGCAAUCAACUCCGACUUUUGUUUUGAAAGCAUUAAACCCUUCCGUUCACGGCAUAAGCGAGGGACGUGGUUCUCCACGGGUUGCAGAGAUAUUAGACAAACGACGCUCUAUCGGAGAUGAUGCCCAAGAUUUUGUCUUGAAGCCAACCCCCAGCCGAGGUGUCAAGUUUGAUGAUCUAUUGAAACCUGAGAUUGAAAAAGGGAAUGAAGAGAGCCUUUUGCCCAGGACAAGUCAAGAAUCGGAGAAGGAGACUACUCUUAAUUUAAGAGAAUUGAUUUCAAGUCUUACCCCAAAGAAAAACAAGCUUAAAGGCCGUAAGAGCCUUCACGUGGGUGCAGCUAGAGGUCUCCUUGGGAAACGACCCGCUGAGCUUGAUAUGGAUGACAUUGAUGAAGAUUUAACGCCAAAUAAGCGCCUUCGUGGAAGAGAAAGCAGUCCAGUCAAAAAUAUCAAGCUUCCUGCUCCUCCUUCAAAGGUUGAUACAAUUGGUCGAUCAAGCCAAUUAUCUCGUCAUUAUGACCGCAGUGUGUCGCCAUUUAUCAACAAAAAUAAUUCACCUGCAAAACAAACGCCCUCUACCAAUGACUUUGCAGUGCAUACUCCAACUGACCCAGUUCCGAUGGAAGAAGAGGAAGUUAAGGUAGCGGAUGACAGUUUGCCUAUAGGCACCAAUACCCAAGUUGAAGCAAUGAAGCUUUCCGACUUCCUUGAAAUGACCAAUAUACACUUCAUGGAAUUAACAACAACUAAACGAAGACAUACUAUAGCACCCGGGAGCCCCGACAAGCGUGGCAUAGAGACUCUGCAGAGCGCAAAGGAGUUUGGCCUCGAGGACCGAGUUGCCGCUGGAUUCUGCACUUUGCCUAUGCUUGAACUGUACCAACAUUCUUGCCGUGAGCUUAAAUCGUAUAUUUCUGAAGGUCGGCGCAUCAUCCGAUCCAUAGAAGCAGAGACAUACGCAGAGAACCCUCCAUUAUUCCAAGAAUAUAUCACAGCCACUCCAGAUAUUCGGCUAUUGAUGGAUAAUCAAUUCCGUAAUGUCAAAGCUCACGCGCGACUGUUAAGCAAAGAAAUGUGGUAUGAAUGGCGAAUGAAACUCCUGGAAGGCUUGAAGCAAGGACUAGAUCGACAUGUCGAUGAAAUGAAACAGGACGACGCCUUCCUCUCAAGGAAAGAGCAUAUCCUUGCGAAAGUAGUGCCUGGCUUGAUCGAGAAACACACAAAGCUGGAGAUUGAUUCUCAAAACCUUCAAAAAGUGAUGGACGAUCUUGAAAACUGCGACCAAGAGGAACUGCGGGAUGCUAGAAAAAAGCUUCUAGCCGUCGAAUCAGAACUCUCGGCAUGCAAAGACAAGUACAAUCAUGCACGAGGCAGGCUUGAGGAGAAGAGUGAUCUGCUGGAGAAAGCUCAGGCGCGAAAAGAAGAACUAUUGCAGCAAAUUCGCGAAGCCGAGAGUAUCAAAGAGGAAUGUCGUGGUUGGGAUGGGAAAGAAGUCCGCGUGUUACAUGAUUCCGUUCGUUCUCUAGAGAAACAGACCGGCUGGGCUAUCCUCUCUGCCAAACCUAGCGUGGAUGCUGUGGAAGGCACUUCGCUCGUGAUGCGAUACAGCGGAGAACUUCAACUUAACUGCAAUCCAAGCCACAUUCGCGCCCGAUCUCAAGAGUUAACCGAGGGUAGGCGACGGAUCUCCCGGCAUAGCACCUUACCCUUAACCUUGACAUAUGCUCCUAAAGGAAAUGGGGCGCAAUCCGCUGCCGUCAAACCUAGCCCAGAGUGUGCUUUAAUUCUCAAUGCUAUACGCAUGCAAGCUUCUGUUGCUAUGCUAUCCCCAGUAUCGUUGAAACAAUUGCUGCGUAGCAUUGGAAGGACUUGGGAAACUGCAAAGGCCUUGCAGGAGGAGAUUCGAAUGCUUGGAUAUUGUGGUAUCAUUAGCGUCAAGCCAGUGGGGACUGGGAGUAUCCGAUCCGAGCCCAUACAAUUGAAAGUUCGUUGUACUCUGCUGGGCAGCGCAAAGGGCAAAACCAUACCUGGUGGAACCGAUCAACCCAAGAAGAAAGAACAAACGGAACGAGCACGAGUUGAUAUUGACUUUACUGUGAAGCCAAAAGCUCUUGACAACUAUGCUGACGGUCCACACAUUGGAGUUGUCUUGGAUUCUGAUGUCACUGGAAGCAGGGUAUAUGGAUUCGAAAAGUCCAAUGAUCCCCAAACGCGCGAUGUGCAGAUAAAUGAUCUCUUGGCGAAAUUAAUGGAUAAGCCCACUCAGAGUUUCGGCAGUGGUCUAUGGAGAGCCACAGUGAGGGCCGUUGAGAAGAAGGUGUUCCACUUAUAA